AUAGUGCACUACACAGAGAUAGGGAGAUAGGUUUCACACACAGUCAUUUUUGCCAUUGAGAGCUGCCUGGGGCGGAAGCAAAGUGGUCCAAGCUGAAAGAAGUGUCGUUACUAGAAAUUACUAUUCUAUCUGCAAACUUCAUAUGUCCAUUCAUCCUUGUGUUACCAGAAGGCAGAAGAGACAGUGAAUAAAAUGAAUAAACACAUACGAAAAAUGGAAGAAUCUACAAGCGAUGACAAGCCUCCUGAAAUCGAUGGGACAAGUUUGGAGUCCUGCCUGGACCAGCCCGGAGAUCAAAGUGUGCACGAAGUGAUAAGUUACGAACCAUCCAGAUUGCCAGCAAGGCAUUACGACCACGAUACAACCGAGCCUAUCAGCUGCAGUCUAAAGUCGCUGGAUGAGCUGUUGUUAUGGAAACGAAACGAAGCAAGUCCAUUCAAUGUGGCCACUGUGCCUCUGGCUAGCAGGUAUCCUCCACUAGCCCAAUCCCCUAAAAAGACAUUGGUGUCCCAUGAUAUGAUGGGUGGAUACUUGGAAGACAGGUUCAUUCAAGGUGCAGAGGUAGAGAUGCCAUAUGCUUUCUAUCACUGGAAGUAUAUCGACAUCUUCAACUACUUCACUCAUCAGAUGGUCACCAUUCCUCCUGCGGUUUGGACUAAUGCCGCACACAAGCAUGGAGUGCUGUCUAUCGGCACAUUUAUCACCGAGUGGAAAGAUGGAGAAAAGAUAUGUGAAGAGUUUCUAGCAAAUGAGGAGGCUUACCGGAGAGCUGCAGACAAGCUGGUUCAGAUCUCUCACUGCUAUGGCUUUGACGGGUGGCUCAUUAACAUAGAAAAUGUGCUGAGUGAGAUUGCCGUGAAGAACACUGGUCCCUUUCUCCGCUACCUCACAGAUCAGAUGCAUGAGCGUGUUCCCAGCAGUGUGGUCAUCUGGUAUGACAGUGUGCUGAAAAAUGGCUCGCUCAAUUGGCAGAAUGAACUCAAUGAUAACAACAGAGAGUUUUUUGAUGCAUGUGAUGGAAUAUUCACUAACUACAACUGGACAGAGCAGAGCCUGGAGUGGAUGAAGUCAUACACUGGCGCUCAGGGCCGCUUGCCUGACAUCUAUGUUGGUGUUGAUGUCUUUGCGAGAGGAAAGGUGGUUGGAGGGAAGUUUGAGACUAUAAAGGCUUUGGAGAUGAUUCGCAAUCAUGGAUUUUCAACAGCCAUCUUUGCUCCAGGUUGGGUGUAUGAAUGCCACGAAAAGUCCGAUUUCCGCCAAAACCAGGACAAAUUUUGGGGCUUGCUGUAUGAUCACCUUUAUAUCCACCGUCACUCAUCCAGUCUUCCAUUCAUUUCCUCUCUCUGUCAAGGAUUUGGAAAGAGCCUCUACUGGAAAGGACAGGUGGAGAAUGAGAAAAGCUGGUUCAAUCUGAACGCUCAGGAGAUCCAGCCUCUGUACCUGUCUGAGAGCAUAGGGGAGAAGGGCUGGCUGAAAACCCACGGCUGCUCAAAUGAUGCUUGGAUUGGAGGUAGCUCACUGAUGGUUAGGGGCAUGAUACCUUCUGGACAUACUGAUGUCUGUGCGAGGAUAUUUUCUCUUCAUGUUCCUUUGGCUGCCAGGACGUUUGCAUCUUUUGUCUACAAGACAUCAACCCAAGGGGUUGUGAAGCUGUCCCUGGAGCUCAAAACCAUAGAUGUUCCUCUGUGCACGUUUGAUGGGACAGAUGAAAUACCAGCUUGCAGUGUUUUGCCAGAAGCAUUAGAAAAAGACAACCAGCUGGUUAAGCAGUUUAUACAGAAUUGUGGACAAUGGGCUUCAGAUGAAUGGACAACCUGCUGCUUCCUGCUACAAAUGACAGGCUGCUCCAUACGAGAUGUGUGUCUUCGUGUAUCCCGAGAUGAAGUAGAUGAAGAUGUUCUUUUCAGCUGCAGGAUUGGAGAGAUAAUGCUCAUGGAUGCAGAGAGCCUUCAGAGCCCCCCGGAGUCUGUCCAGGGCGUGUGCAUUAAUGAUGUGGUGUGGCAAAAAGGUGCUCUGAGUGGCAACGGACACACACUGAAGCUCCUAUUGAACGCUACUUUACGCUGGCAGUAUCCCACCCACUUGGUGCGCCAUUUCCGGAUACACUGGAGGCGACUCCGCGGUCCGGACCCUCGCAUUCCUGCUGGACCUCUGACUCUGAUAGGCAGGUGUUACUCCAAUCUGUACCGUGUGGUGGAGCUGAAGGUGCCUGCUGCGCCAGGUCUCAUUGAGCUGGUGGUGGAACCUGUGACCAGAGAGGGAUUCAUAGUGCCCGAGCCCCACUGGGGUCGACGCACAAUCAGCUACAGUGAGACUUCUGCACGUGAGGAGAGAGAAUAAUGCUGAUGUCUUGAAACUCUUCUUUUCUAGUCAACGUGCAAAAGAAUGAAAAGUUGGUGCUUAUUCAAUAUAAUAUUUUCUGAUUUACAGGAGUGAUAUUACAUAUAUUCUGUAUGUUCGGCACACAUUGGGCCUUUCAUGAAACAUUUGUAAAUACACUCACCUAAAGGAUUAUUAGGAACACCAUACUAAUACUGUGUUUGACCCCCUUUCACCUUCAGAACUGCCUUAAUUCUACGUGGCAUUGAUUCAACAAGGUGCUGAAAGCAUUCUUUAGAAAUGUUGGCCCAUAUUGAUAGGAUCGCAUCUUGCAGUUGAUGGAGAUUUGUGGGAUGCACGAAGCUCCCGCUCCACCACAUCCCAAAGAUGCUCUAUUGGGUUGAGAUCUGGUGACUGUGGGGGCCAUUUUAGUACAGUGAACUCAUUGUCAUGUUCAAGAAACCAAUUUGAAAUGAUUCGAGCUUUGUGACAUGGUGCAUUAUCCUGCUGGAAGUAGCCAUCAGAGGAUGGGUACAUGGUGGUCAUAAAGGGAUGGACAUGGUCAGAAACAAUGCUCAGGAAGGCCGUGGCAUUUAAACGAUGCCCAAUUGGGAGUAAGGGGCCUAAAGUGUGCCAAGAAAACAUCCCCCACACCAUUACACCCCCACCAUAAUUGCAUUAAUGAGAAAUUGAACAGGCGUUCCUAAUAAUCCUUUAGGUGAGCGUAUAUGAGAAAAUUCUGAGUUAUUUGCACGUAUACAGACCUUCUCGAAAACAUUCCUGCGGAUUCACAAAUCCUUCGUAAACAUCAGAUCUCAAAGUAAAAUGUGUGUAUGUUAAGGAAUUCCAAUCAUUUGUAAACACGGCACGCAAGCACGCUCACUCACAAGUAGUAUUAUCCCGCCUGUGAUUUUACAGCUACGCAAAUUAGGUAUCUAGGAAUUCUGGAUUCCUCUGGACUUCAUUCUCUGGUUAGGCUACAUUAUAUUGCAUGAAUGCAUAAGAGACUGAUAGGCUAUAUGCUGACAAAUAAAUUAAUCAACUAAA